AUGGAGUUUGGAACAUGCUGUGCUGACCAUAAGGCUGAAAUCUCAUUUGUGUCUGCAGCAGACGCAGGAAGAAGGCUGCUGGUGGGUGAAGGGGUGGUGGCGGUGGGGGUGCUUUCAGCACUGGCUCACACCGGUUUGCGCCGCUUCUUGCUGGCGCGCCACAGCGAGGUUGUAAGAGUAAAAGUCUGCUUUAUUUUCUCUGUGUGGUUCUUCCCCUCAAAGAACAACACCCAGUCUGUGCAGGAGCGCUGCAUGUAUACGCCACAAGUUAGAGAGAAAAUGGCUGAUAAACCCAAAGAAAAGCCCAGCUUGUUUAAUUUUGGAGCGUUUGCCACACCAAACACCUGUGAACCACCAGCUUUCACACUGAAUGCCAAACCUGCAACUGUUUCCAGCUUUUUAUCAGAUAUUAUACCAGAAAAAAAAAGCAACGCAUUGAAACUUCCAGCGGUUCGUGCAGUUCAACCAACGUUUGGUCUUCCCUGGAGAAACAUGGAGUGGACAGAAGAGCAUAAGAAAAACUUGAUGAAGACUGUGAGCUCCUACAGACCCAGCUGUGAGAUGAUUACCGGAGCUCAGGUUCUCGUUUUGGGCCCAGUAGGUUCUGGAAAGUCCAGCUUCAUCAGCUCCGUUCAGUCUGUGUUUCAUGGAAGAGUUGUGAACCGUGCCAUGGUGGGCUCCAUCUCAACCAGCUUCACCAAGAAGCUACAGACCUUCAACAUCCAGGUUAAGAAGGGAGAAGACAGUGGGCUGGUGAUGUGUGACAUAAAUGGCUUUGGGGAUGGAGAUAUCACCGGGCUGACCCUUCAUGACAUUGUGUCAGUGAUCAAAGGGCACAUACCGAAUGGACACAAGUUUAGCCUGGAGCAGCCAGUGACAUCAGAAACUGUUGGCUAUGUGAAGACUCCAAGCCUUGCAGAAAAGAUUCACUGUGUGGUUUUUAUGGUGGACGCUUCCAAAAUUGCAACUUACCCCAAAAGCCUCAGCGCCACCUUUAGGAUGCUCAGAGAACAAAUCAGCAAUCUGGGAGUUCAUCAAGUGGCCUUGCUGACUCAUAUUGACCAGAUCUGUGCAGCAACUGCUGCAGAUGUCUCUCAAGUUUACACAAGCUCAGCCAUUCGUGACGCGAUGAACAAGGCUGGAGCUCUCCUGGGCAUGUCCACCUCGUACAUUGUUCCAGUGAAGAACUAUUCAUCAGAGCUGGACCUGGAUUUGAAGAAAGACAUACUUCUGCUCAGUGCUGUUGACCACAUCUUGCAGUAUGCAGAAUUAUUUUUUCAGGACAAUAAACCCAAAAAGAAGCAAAUGAUCUUAUAAUUGAAAGACAAAGAAAUAUAGCUAAUUAUACUGUAGCUUCAUUUCAGUCUAAUUAGAAAACGGGGAGCUUUAAUGUUUCUUCUUUUUGAUUAAUAUCGAUUAUGAAUUUAAUGAAAAAGGUUAACUAACAAUGAACAAUUUUAACUUUAAAUCUGCUAAAAAUGCUCUACUUUGUAAUGGAAGUGUACUUAAAUACAUUCCAAAGUAAUGACAACUCACAGGUUUAGAAUCCUUGUUUGAGCCAUCAAACCAAUAGAAACAAAUGAAAUGUGUUUUUCUAAACAGCAAACUAA